GCCUGCUGCCUUUGAUUCUCGAGGGGGCUGGUACGAGCGGAGCACUCGUAGUAGGUCUAGAGACUGCAAUCUGAUCCUCGCUCAAUUUUUUUUUUGUCUGGUGCCUCGCAGGACUGUUAUUGUAGGUCUCCGAGCCAAGCUUUCACACACACACUCACUAACAUGCGGAUCGGCAACGGCGCUCGCACUUUCCGAACAGCCAGCGAAAGCAGACGGACGUUGCUCCGGGCCAGCUCCGACGGGAGACAGUAACGUGAAGAGUCCGGUCACUAUUUUAACUAAACCAAAAAAAAAAAAAAAAAAGUCUUAAGAGCCGAACGGGGCACUCGAUUCGGAAGGUACAGUCAAUGGAAAUCUAAAAAUAUACACUGCCGUCUUGGACAUAUAAACUGCCUCUGACGAUUACGUGGUGAUACGGGAUUGUAGUUCCACCAGAAAUACUCGUGUUGCAACUGCCUUUUUGGAAGCCUCUUGCCUAAGAGGCCGUGUUUGUUUGGAUCUAGAGUAUAUUCAAGCACAUUUUGGACAUUUAUACGUCAUUACACGUUUGGUCGGAUUACGAGAAGAGAUUUGUAACUGGUUUCUUCUAUAAAGUAUAAUUGGGACUAUCCGUCGGUGUAUGUUCAGUUUCAUCAACUAAUCAGGAUUACUGUCAAAUUGGAAGUCGCUUGGCGUGUGCUGAGGGGCUGGCGGGCCCUGCGUUGGACCUGGAGCAUGCGCGUGCGCGCGGAAGAUGCCUGACUCGGCCGCGGGCAGCAGCGGUCCCCGCCUCCCCCUGCCCUCCGGAGGAAUGAUCUCCCUGUGGAGCCUCUGCUUCUACUGCUCCGUGUGUCUGCACUGCUGCGCCAGCGCCAGGCUGCCCACGGCCCCGCCUGCAGACUCUGUAUCCAGUGAGGCGGCCUUCCUGGAGGAUUUCAUCCUUGGGGUCGGCGACACUCUGGACCUGAGCUGCAGCCCCCAGGGCGUGGCACAGCCGAUCACAUGGCUCAAGGACAGCGCGGCGCUGUCGCCUAGCAACCGCACGCGGGUGGGGCAGCGGGUGCUGCGCAUCAUCAACGUGUCGUACGAGGACUCGGGAGUCUACUCCUGUUGGCACGGCAACACGCUGCUCGGGAACUUCACUGUCAAAGUAGCAGAUUCCUUGUCUUCCGGGGACGAUGAAGACUACGACGAAGAGUCGGACGAUGGAGGUAAUGGAAAUGAAGCCCCAUACUGGACCCGGCCGGACCGCAUGGAGAAGAAGCUGCUGGCCGUGCCGGCGGCGAACACGGUGAAGUUCCGCUGCGCGGCGGCGGGGAACCCCACCCCCACCAUCCACUGGCUGAAGAACGGCAAGGAGUUCAAGGGCGAGCAGAGGAUGGGGGGCAUCAAGCUGAGGCACCAGCAGUGGAGCCUGGUGAUGGAGAGCGCGGUGCCCUCUGACCGGGGGAACUACACCUGCGUGGUGCAGAACACCUACGGCACCAUCACCCACACCUACCAGCUGGACGUCCUGGAGCGUUCUCCGCACCGGCCGAUCCUGCAGGCCGGCCUGCCGGCCAAUCAGACGGUGCCGGUGGGCAGCGACGUGGAGUUCCACUGCAAGGUGUACAGCGACGCCCAGCCCCACAUCCAGUGGCUCAAGCACAUCGAGGUCAACGGCACCCGCUACGGCCCGGACGGCGUGCCCUACGUCAGCAUCCUGAAGACGGCAGGUAUAAACACCACGGAUAAGGAACUAGAGAUUCUGUUCCUCACCAACGUGUCGUAUGAGGACGCUGGGGAGUACACCUGUCUUGCUGGGAACUCUAUUGGGUAUGCUUACCACUCGGCAUGGCUGACCGUGCUGCCAGCCGUCGAAGACAGCGAGAAGGAGGACGACUACGCCGACAUCCUGAUCUACGUGACAGGGUGCGUGCUCUUCAUCCUCACGGUGGUCAUCGUCAUCCUCUGUCGCAUGCGGAUGUCGAGCCAGAAGACGCUGCCCACGCCGCCCGUGCAGAAGCUCUCCAAGUUCCCUCUCAAGAGACAGCAGGUGUCUUUGGAGUCCAACUCGUCCAUGAACUCCAACACGCCGCUGGUGCGCAUCGCCCGGCUGUCCUCCAGCGACGGGCCCACGCUGGCCAACGUGUCCGAGCUGGAGCUGCCCGCCGACCCCAAGUGGGAGUUCCCGCGGACCAGGCUGACCCUGGGGAAGCCCUUGGGCGAGGGCUGCUUCGGGCAGGUCGUCAUGGCCGAGGCCAUCGGGAUCGACAAGGAGAAGCCGAACAAACCCCUCACGGUCGCCGUCAAAAUGCUGAAAGAUGACGCCACUGAUAAGGACCUAUCAGAUCUGGUGUCUGAGAUGGAGAUGAUGAAGAUGAUUGGCCGACACAAGAACAUCAUCAACCUGUUGGGCGCGUGCACGCAAGACGGGCCCCUGUACGUGCUGGUGGAGUACGCCUCCAAGGGGAACCUGCGGGAGUACCUGCGGGCCCGCAGGCCCCCCGGCAUGGACUACUCCUUCGACACCUGCAAGAUCCCCGACGAGCAGCUCACCUUCAAAGACCUGGUGUCCUGCGCCUACCAGGUGGCCCGGGGCAUGGAGUACCUGGCCUCCCAGAAGUGCAUCCACAGAGACCUGGCUGCCCGGAACGUUCUGGUUACGGAAGACAACGUGAUGAAGAUCGCAGAUUUCGGGCUGGCCAGGGACGUGCACAACAUCGACUACUACAAAAAGACAACUAACGGUCGGCUGCCGGUGAAAUGGAUGGCGCCAGAGGCCCUGUUUGACCGGGUCUACACACACCAGAGCGACGUCUGGUCCUACGGGGUGCUUUUAUGGGAGAUCUUCACCCUGGGGGGGUCCCCGUACCCUGGCAUCCCUGUCGAGGAGCUUUUCAAACUGCUGAAGGAGGGGCACCGCAUGGACAAACCCGCCAACUGCACCCACGAGCUGUACAUGAUCAUGCGGGAGUGCUGGCACGCUGUCCCCUCCCAGAGACCCACCUUCCGGCAGCUGGUGGAGGACCAUGACCGCGUGCUCUCCAUGACCUCCACUGACGAGUACCUGGACCUGUCGGUGCCGUUUGAGCAGUAUUCCCCCACCUGCCAGGACUCCAACAGCACCUGCUCCUCCGGGGACGACUCCGUCUUCGCCCACGACCCCCUGCCCGACGAGCCCUGCCUGGCCAAAGAGCACCAGAGCAACGGGGUGCUCAGGACGCAGACCUGAGGAGCGCGCCGCGUACCCCCCAAAAAACACCUCUCCUCCUUUUCUCCUGUUCUGGGAGAACCGGGACGAACGCUGUACUCUAGAACAAUCUACACCUCAUAGAACCUCACGUUCUGUGGUCCAGGUUUUGAUUUUUUUUUGUUGUAUUAUUAUUAUUAUUAUUAUAUUUUUUUGACUGGGCAACGCUGAGAGGGACCACUCAGCUUGAAGGUGUUCUUCAUCCAAACCCCUCUGAAUCACGGAUUCCCUUUCUUUCUUUUUUUUGGGGGGGGGGGAGGGAGGGGCCAAAAUUUUUUUGGACGCUCGCGACUGGUCGUGCCAACACCGUUCCGUGCCUACCAAACGCAAAAGGACAGAGAGGACGUCGACUGGGAGGAGGGGAGUGGACACUGUUGCCAUGGGAAGCAGUUUGACCCCCCCCCCUUGGGACCUCUUGAGAGAAAAUAGGGCCGUCUCAGUCUGGCCACGCCCAGUUUUACAGACUCAUGGGGAGAAGGCGCUCCGUUAGGAGAUAUGCAAUAUCAGGGCCCAGUGUCAAGCUCAGGGGUCCAGCCCCCUUACCCUCCCCCCCACCAGACUUUACCCCAAAUUAUCAGCCAAUGAAGGACCUACAGCACCAGAGUAGGAGUUUCAUAAUUCUGUUACCUGGACCGCAUUGCGAUUGGCUGGUCACUCAGUAAACGCAAUGUGAUUGGCUGGUCGCUCAGUAAAUGCACUGUGACUGGCUGGUCGCUCAGUGGCCACACAGCCUGUGUUGGCUGCAGUCUUACCAUGUCGCUAACAAAAUGAACACUUUUUUUAAAAAAAAAUUUUUAAUCCCUUCAUGGGAGUCGGAGUCGCAUUUUUUGCCAUCAGACAUUACAAGGUUACAUUGGGAGGCUUUAAAGCAAAAGUAAAUUAAUUUUUGUUUUUGUGUAUUAUCUGAAAAAAAGUUUCUAUUGUAAAUAUAUAAAUACAAAUAUGUAUCAUAAUGCUGUAAGCAGGAGUGUACUUAAAAGAAAUAUACAUUUUUUUGAAAAUUUUGAAAAUCCAAACAUUGCAAUCUAGGAUAUACUGUUGUGAUCAUAUCAUUUAAUCUUUUGAAGUUUAUUUGAGUAAUUAACAUGUAUAUUUGUAAUUUAUUUAUAGACUUAACAUAUCUGUUCAAAGGGUUUUAAAAGCUAGUUUAGGAUAUUUGGUACUGUAAACGACUUGAGUUUUUCAGAUUUUAAUUUUAUAACUUAUUAACAAAAAGAAAUGAGGCAAGAUAUUUUCUCAACCUUCAGAUUGGCCAAGUCCGAUUUUGAUUGAUUUUUUUUUUGUUUACAGUUGAAAGAAUGUAUGAAAAAAAAAUGGGAAGAUUCUUUUAGGCGUGUAGUUUCUGAAACAUUGCGCUGGGUAUAUACACAGGUAUAAAUAAGAAACUACGGUGUACAGACAUUUAGUCCUGGAUUGCAGUGGUGAAUUAUUUAACAGCACUACAGCGGCCUCCAAACAGCGCAGCAACAGCGAUUACUCAAAAACAAGGGGGUUGACCUUUGACCUUUAACAAGAACCUCCAAUGAAACCACCAGACUCUUCACCAGAUCCCCACCCAACCUCUCGUUUAACAUUCUAGCUGCUACCCAAUAGUAUUUCUCCUAGAUAUGAAGGAAUGCAUUGUGGAUACACUUCCUUAAAGUGAAUUCCGCAAAGCAAAAAAACAAACAAAAACUCUGAAUUGUGAUUUUUUUUUUUUUAUGUAUGUUUUUUCCAGUUUUGUACACAUUGUCUUAAUGAAUGGUUCUAAAAUGGCAGUGCACCACAAAAGGUGGUGUACAGACUGUAAUCUUUUUUUUAUUAUGAUUAUUUUAUUUUAUUUUAAAUCUCAUAUCCAGGUAAUGCACUAGGAGGCUGGCGGGACAAAGUCCCUUUUGCACAAGUGCAUUGUGGGAAUCCCAUGGCCAAAUAUUCCUCAGCCUGCCCACAGCUGUCCCUGGUUGACAUGAGGCGAAGGUUUAAAAUGCUAACGGGCUCUAUAAUUAGUGACAAUUGCAAAAAGGGAAAUGGGGUAGGGUUACCCAGUGGCAAGCAGCAGCAAAGUGUGUCUUGCUGCUAAAAUGCUGAUAACUGCCGCGUCAGCAUUCCGUGCAGUUAUUUCAAUUUACAUUAUGCUUCCUCUCGUCGUUUAAUUGGCCCAUUUUAUUUGUCUCGAAAGUGCCUGGAACUCAUUUUAAAAAUAAGGUGGAGGGGGGGGGGGGGUAGUUAAUUAUAAGAUGAAUUUCAUCUGAAUGUAUCAAAUGUCUACGGUUGCCAAACAAGGGGGGGUCUUAGAAGGCCCUUCUAGGAAUUUUUUGAGAAUGGGGGGGGGGGGGGGGGGGGGAGAGUAUAGGCACUUGUGGGGUAUGAUUUGGAUUGGACGUUGAUGCAUUUUAAUUUGUUCUUCCGAGAUGGGUAAAAGCUUUCCCUGUGGUGAGAGCGUUUUUUAUUCUUCCUGUGUUCUGCUAGCGAGGAGCCAGCCGAAAGGUGACGCAGACAGGCGUAGCGUAGCGUAGCCCUGGUUUGUUUAGUCUUCACGGAGCUUCUGUGCUCCAGUGGCGGGUAAUAGGGGACUUCUGCUGUCUAAUGGCUAUGGCUCAGCCUGGUUUUUGACCUUUGAACCUUCCCUGGCUGACCAAGGGGUGCCUUUUUUUUGCUGUGUUUUGCUUCUACUACUGAUGGUCAUCCAGUAUGUUUCUUAAGUAACAAAGCAGAGAUGGUGGUGUGGUCCGCUCAGAUCUGAAUGAAGAUCCGCCGUGCAACGUUGUUAUUUAUUGUAAUGUAUUUAUAAUGACUCUGGUUUUAAAAAAAGAGGGGGACUGUGUGUGUGUGCCACACCCACAGUUUGUUUUACCUCGGUAGAAAAAAGCAGAAUUUAAGAUGGAUUGAGUCGGCAUUCCGUGGUACAGCAAGUUGCUUAUCAGCAGGGGAACCCCAAAAAAAGUGCCAGUCGAACUCUUACAGUACCCCAGAACUUUUCCUCUCCUAGAUUGGAAUGCUUAACCACCAUUCUUCCGGUUAUUUUUGUUUUCUCAUGUUUUAAGUAUCUUGAUAGUGCCAUGAAGCUCUUACUAGAAGAAAACAUAAUUUAUAGUUGGAAAUUACCUAAGUGAUUGUUGUACAUUGAGUAGAUUUUAUAUAGCUGUGUGAUUUGUUUUUUUGUAAAAUUAUAGAAAGGAAAGUUUUCCUUUGCAGUAUUUUCUUAACAAAACUCAUUAAAGUUACAAGCAUUCCAGCUACCUAUUCCUGAAAUGAAAUUACAUACAGGUAUGUGAGCAAAAUUUUCAAAAGAAUUGAGACUAGAUAUCCUAUAUAAUUUAUUUUUUCUCAAUAUUCUUUUUUUUUUUUCUUUUCUUUGGUAACAGAAAUGUAGAAAAGGCUGACUAAUCUAAUCAUUUGAUAUGUAGAACUUUUUUGUAGAUUUCCUAGCGGUUCUCCUCUGCGUUCGGACCCACUGGACGCAUUGUUCUGGUACAUUCCGCCACACACCACCCCGUGCAUCGUCACCCCAGACUGGGUGAAAACUUUUUUUUAAUUUUUUUUAUUUUCAUAUCAGUCGCUGUGCCUGACAAAAAACUAUGCUGUUGAAAGUUUUUUCAAUAAACACAUAACAAACCACA